AUGAAUUUCACGUGGUAUAAUGAACCAAAAAAAUGGUCCAGUAAUCAAACCACUAUUAAUGUUCAUACCGAAGGGAAUACUGACUUUUGGCGCAAGACACACUAUGGUUUCGAGCGUGAUAAUGGUCAUUUUUAUUAUCAAUCACUGCCUGGAGAUCAAUCUUUCACAGCUACCGUUAAUAUACGAGGAAAAUACAAUACAAUCUACGAUCAAGGUGGUCUAAUGUUACGUACUGAUGAGAAAAAUUGGAUCAAAUGUGGAGUGGAAUAUGUGGAUGGUCAACAAUUUGCUAGUGUCGUAGUAACAGUCAAUGGAUGGUCUGAUUGGAGUGUAGUUUUAAUCAAUGCACCUGAAAUUUUAAAGUUACGUGCUAAAAGGGCAAAAGAAGCUGUACAUAUUGACUUUGCUGAAGGUCCAUUGGGAGAAUAUCUUGAUAAUGUAAUGAGCGGAAAUCCAAACCCAACCAUUGGUCAAAUGCUUGGAGGUUAUCCUGGAGUUGAUGGAUUCGGAGGUGCUCAUGCAAUUGGGGGUGGUCAUGUAAUUGGAGGUGGUCAUGGGUUCGAAGGAAGUCAUGGAAUGAGGGGUGGUCAUGGAUUUGAGGGAAGUCAUGCGAUCAGGGGUGGCCAUGGAAUCGGAGGUGGUCAUGGAUUUGAAGGAAGUCAUGAGAUCGGGGGUGGUCAUGGAAUCGGAGGUGGUCAUGGAUUCGAGAGUGGUCAUGGAGUCGAGAGUUGUCACGGAAUCGGGGGUGGUCAUGGAAUCGGGGGUGGUCAUGCAUUCGGAGGUGGUCAUGGAUUUGGUGGAUUUGGUCAUCGCCAUGAAUCUAAUCAUUUUACACGUUUUUCCCAUUAUGGGAGCACGUAUGGUUAUUCGAUACCAUAA